CACUCAAUCUUCCUCAUCUCUUCCUCCACCUCUGCCAUUCUCCGCCAAGCACGACGAGCUGGUCUUCCUCCUCAACACAGUCGAAUCCUCUCCGUUUAAGUUCACCGCCUUAAAAAAGCUCUGAUCCAUUGUCGAAAUUAGGGACGAGACUAAAUCAGAUUUCAUUCGAUUCAAUGGCGUUGAAAUUCUUGCUUGAAUAAUCUUUCAAAUUCUAAUCGACGUUCUUGAUUUCGUCACGUUCCAAGCGUACGAAGAGGUGCUCGGCGUUCUGCGGAAGCUUUCGUUGUCGGAGGAUCAAAACAAUACAUUCAAAAUUUUGUCAAAAACAGAGUGCGUGAAAUCAAUGGCAAUUAUCCUUCAAAGAGGAAGCGCCGAAGCGAGGCUCCAUGCGUUAACGAUUUUCAGGAAAAUGGCAAAGACUACUUCCAGUUACAAUUGGAAUUUCUUGCUUCAAGAUUAAGGCAUAGAUUCUUCAAAUCUCUGUUAGAGUUGGUUUCCAACGAGAUUUGCAGCAAGGCGAGUUCAUGUGCACUGGAGUUUCUAAUCCAGAUCUUAGAAACGUCAAAGAAGAGCCGAUUCAAGGCGAAAGAGUCCAACACCGGCUGGAUAUUGCCAUGUCAUCAAUGGGUGAGGUGUAUUAUCCACGUAAGCUUGUGAAAAUUAAAAGAGGUAAUUGGUGGAGAUCUAACCGUUACAGCUCGCAUGGAUUCUCAAGCAACCCAUUCAAGCCCCACCAUACUUCACAAACUCAAAAACAACUUGGCUUUCCGAUCAAAAUGGGCAGAAGUCAACGGCGCCACGGGAGACUUGGGCACUUACAUUCCUAUAGUCUUGGCCUUGACCCUUGCCAAGGACCUUGAUCUUGGCACAACCUUGAUUUUCACCGGUAUCUACAAUAUUGUUACUGGUGCCUUGUACGGUGUCCCAAUGCCCGUUCAACCCAUGAAAUCG